CAGUUUUGAAUCAAAAUCUCAAUUUGGUAAUUGCCGGGAAUGAGGUGUUACACCAUUCUUGGAGCAUUCCUCCUUGCAAUCGUUUAUGGAUCCAGCCCGAAUAGUGAAACAAGUAUUAUCGAGUCAGGAACUGGAACAAAUUGCACUGAACUCACAUUUAAAAAAUUCUUCGUGUGCCUUUAUCGAUUCGGAGAUUUCAUGACAAAAAUGUAUUUUUUGGAUGUGAAGAGUCCAAAUAGUAUGAAUAAAUUCAAAACAUCAUGCCUCUCCAUGGCCGACUGCACCGAGUCUUUCGAGUGUCAAAAUAAUAAAGAACCUACCGACUCCUCCAAAAAAGUGAGGGAGUCUUGUGAGACGCUGAACUUCCUGGGCACAGAUUUUAUAACCUGUCUGACAAAGUUGGAGGAAUUGAAGCCGGCCCCCGAGUGUUACAAGACGUGGGGUCCGUUUGAUGGAUUUAUCAUAAAAGACAAGCUUCCGGACGAAUUGUGCAAAAACAUGGUUGGAAAAGACAAUUGCAUGAAGAAAUUGGUCAGCGAAACUUGUGGAGAGGAGGACUCGCAGAAAUUGUUGAAUAUGCUCAAAAAUACAACCGAAUAUAGACACUGUGACUUCAGUAAACUCUAAGCUGAAAUUGCUCAAAGCUAUUUUAAUUGUUUUUUUUUCUGAAAUAAACUCUUAGAGA